ACUAACUGUUGGCAACUCUACAACGCUGCUGGUGGCCGCAGACAUAUACAUAACGCUACCUGUAAGGUAAAGUCUGUCAUGGGUUAACGGGUAGUUACGCCAACGGCACAGACCCAUAUGUUAGCUAAAUGACAGGUUAACGGCAGGUUUAGCUAUCUUCAAUUGGCUGCUAGCUACAAGUGCUAACGUUAGGGCAAGUCAACGCCAGCUUGUGACACUCGCUAGCCUUUUAAAGUUGUAUUAUUGUGGCCAUCUGGCAAACGUCUAGCGUUAUUUGUUCCCCUUAACAUGAGCUGUGAGCCGGUAACUAGCUUAAAAAGACUCUGUUUAUUAAACGACCUGACAUAAUUGAAUGGCUUAUAGUGUUUCAUGAGCCACUUAAGCUAGCAAUGCGUUCAACAUCCUUCCAGAAUACCGUUAGCUUGCCGGGUUAUCAUUGCACUGUGGGGCACAACUGUCCCCUGCUCAGCAGCCUCCCUGCACGUAGCAUACCGCAUUAUGAGUGAGCAUUAUGUAAAAGUCAAGAUUCACGUCGAGCAAAUGAAAUCAUUCGGAGAGGAUGCAGAGAAGCAGGGUGUGGAUGCUGAGGAGGAGCAGGUGGCCGUGUCUUCGUCCCCCCCCGCCUCUGUCUCCCCAGACCCGCCCAGCAUCACCAUAGCCGGGAGAGACGUGUCCAACACUUUUAAACAUAGGGGGAAAAGUCGAAUCAAGAUGGGGAAAGAUGACAAGAACAUUUGUGGAAAACACAGCUUGGAUGUGUCAUUGCAUGGUGGGAGAAACGUGAAUAAACUAGGGCAUGAGCGGACACUUCACAUCAAAGGGACUGGAAAAAUACUGCAGGGUAAGAAUAAUGAGAAUAAUGGGGUCAGUAUGCGUCCUUCCAAAAACAUUCAAGAGGAUGGAUUCAAGCUCGCAAGGAAGAGAAGGCCAGUGACUGUGGACACGUCCAAAGCCAAAACCUCGCUGGAAGCCCUGAAGUUGAGCAUCAGGCAGCUGAAGUGGAAAGAGUUUCCUCUGGGGAGACGAGCGCCCUGUGAUAUCUACUGGCAUGGCGUCUCCUUCCAUGAUAAUGAAAAUAUUGUCUCCGGGCAGGUGAACAAGUUCCCAGGAAUGAUUGAAAUGCUGAGGAAGAUCAACCUGAGUCGGGCGGUGCGGACCAUGCAGGAGUUGUUCCCGGAGGAGUACGACUUCUAUCCCCGCUCCUGGAUCCUGCCUGAGGAGUGCCAGCAGUUCUCCACACAGAUCCGCAUGGUGAAGGAGAACGAUGCCUCGGUGAACCCCACCUUCAUUGUGAAGCCUGAUGGGGGCUCUCAGGGCGACGGCAUCUACCUCAUCCGUGACCCCAGUGACCUGAAGCUCAUGGUGGGUUCACAGGCCAAACAGGCUGUGGUCCAGGAGUACAUCCAGAGGCCGCUGCUCAUUGACAAGCUCAAGUUCGAUAUCCGCCUGUACGUGCUGCUGAAGUCCCUGGAGCCGCUGGAGAUCUACAUUGCCAAGGAAGGCCUGACACGAUUCUGCACCGAGCCGUACCAGGAACCAAGCCAGAAGAAUCUGAGCCAUGUCUUCAUGCACCUGACAAACUACUCGCUGAACGUCCACAGUGGAAACUUUGUCCACUCCAGCAGCCAGAGCACAGGCAGCAAGCGCUCGCUCUCCAGCGUGCUGUACAGGCUGGCAGCUAAAGGCGUGGACAUCAAGAAGGUGUGGUCCGACAUCAUCGCCCUCGUCAUCAAGACCACCAUCGCCGUGGUGCCUGAACUUAGAGUCUACUAUCAGGCUGAAAUACCUCCUGGCAAACCGGGACCCACAUGCUUUCAGAUUUUAGGGUUUGACAUCCUGCUGAUGAAGAACCUGAAGCCAGUACUAUUAGAGGUCAACUCCAACCCCAGUAUGAGAAUAGAACAUGAGCAGGAGAUGGCACCAGGAGUUUUUGAAUAUGUUCCCAGUCCGGUCGACGAAGAGGUCAAAGUGGGGGUGAUCAGGGACACACUGCGCCUUAUGGACCCCGGCCACAAGAGAACUUCAAUUUCCAACCUGAGGGCGGGUGGGCUGGACCACGGGGAGGAGAUCCCCAUGGAGGCGGAGCCACAGGACAGGAGCCCCGAUGAAGGAGCUCUGCCCUCUCUGUGUCUGAAGCAGGUCUACCCCAAAUACACCAAACAGUUCAACUACCUGCGGCUGGUGGAGCGCAUCGCCGCGCUCUUCAUCCGCUUCCUGGGGGUCAAAGGCAACAUGCGGCUGGGCCCCACCGCCUUCAGGACCUUCAUCAGGACCUGCAAGCUGAGCAACAGUAACUUCUCCAUGGCCUCAGUGGACAUCCUGUACAUAGACAUCACACGCCGCUGGUCAGGGACAAUGGCUGACUCUAGAGAAGCAGGUAUGGGACUCCAAGCCUUUGUGGAGGCCUUCUUCUACCUGGCGGGUCGCAGGUUCAAGUCCCAGCCUCUGAGGGAGCAGGUAGCCUCGCUGCUGGAGCUGUGUGAGGCCCAGCUGGAGACCCCACCCCCGGGCGGAGAGGAGAGGCGCUCGGUGAGCUGCAGCAGGGCCGUGCCUCGCUCCAUCAGGACUCAGACCCUCCCCCACCCCCAGCUCUCCUCCCCCGGACCCCUGCGCCGGGCCGCCAGCCAGGACUACCGGCUGCACCAGAGACUCAAGCCUCGCUCUCUAAGGGCCAACCUGGAGAACUGAGGGGGGGGGGGGCUCCAGCCGCUCCCAAACCCCGCCUGUAGCCCUCUCCUCAGGAGCUGCAACAUUAGCAGCCCCUCCUCUCAGCUCCCACAAGCAGUGCAUGAUGGGAGCUGAGAGGAGGACCCCUGCUGGCUCACUUUGCGGGAGCACCGUUCUCAGCCUGAUUGCUUUUUCUCCAGAGGGGGGAGGUCUGCAUGGGGGGAGAGUUGGAGAGGAAAUAGAACAUGGAAUUCCAGAAGGUUGUUGCAUUCCCCCCCCCCCCCUGCUGAGAUCAUAUAUGAACAGCGUGGUCCGGUCAGGAGGGGCUGCGUUUACUAAAUGUACCGAUUCUACAGGGCAGCUAUUUGCUUGCCUUCACCUCUCACUGAGACUAAGUUCACUUUGCUCCAGCUUCACUCUCCAUGGCGAUGCACGCUAUGACUCCUCUUCAGCCCAGAAGAUAACCCACACAUCUAUGCUCCGUACAGCCCAAGCCAAUAUUCACAUUUUUGUAUUUUUAAAAGAAGUUCAUAUGCAAACCUGAAGAAAGGCUAAGAUGUAUUUUAACAUAUUUAAAAUCAAACCAAAUCUAACAUCACUAUUAUUAACUCCACUAACAGUUUGACACUUUAAAUGUACUUUUGUUUUUUUAAGGACAAAAGUACAUCAAAAAACUUCAGAAAACAUACUUUUAACUUUUGCCUGAGAAUUUAAAUGAAAUGCUUUGAUGUAAUCUGGCAAAUCUUCUUCU